AAUUCUUCCUUGCACACUUCACACGCUCACGCACUCAGUGACUCACACAACAAAACACUGUACCCUCCCCUGCUCCCCAUUCCUCUGUUUAAAAAAGGAAAUCUCUCACUUUGCAGUUCCACUCUUUCUCUCUCACUCUCUCGUUCUCCUUUCUUCUUGGAGGAGUUCAUGUAAAAGCACCUUCCUCCUUAAUUAAUUACUAAUAACAAGGUCUUUGCUUACACAGCUGCUGCUUCUGCUUCCAACAUAUACACACACAAUAUGGAUGAUGAAUAUGCUAAGCUUAUAAGGAGGAUGAACCCACCAAGGGUUGUGAUUGACAACAAUGCUUGUGAAGAUGCCACUGUUAUUCAGGUUGACAGUGUCAACAAACAUGGGAUUCUUCUGGAUGUAGUCCAAGUUCUUUCAGAUAUGAACCUUGUAAUAACAAAGGCCUAUAUCUCCUCUGAUGGGGUGGAAAUGUUUAAUGUUAUUGAUCAUAAUGGAAACAAGAUCAGAGAUAAGGAAGUUAUUGAUUACAUUCAGAGGAGACUUGAAAAUAAUCCAAGUUUUGCACCCUCAUUCAGAGAGUCUGUUGGGGUUGUACCUACUGAAGAAUACACCUCAAUUGAACUUACUGGUACAGACAGGCCUGGUUUACUGUCUGAAGUCUGUGCUGUUCUUGCGGACCUUCACUGUAAUGUGGUGAAUGCUGAGAUAUGGACACAUAAUACAAGGGCUGCUGCUGUAGUUAACGUGACAGAUGAUUCAAGUGGACAUGCCAUCAAAGAUCCAGUCUGCCUCUCUAGAAUAAGGGAUUUGCUUUGUAAUGUUCUUAGGGGGAGCGAUGAUCCAAAGACAGCAAAAACAACACUUUCACCUCCUGGAGUUACAAAUAGGGGCAGAAGAUUACAUCAGAUUAUGUUUGCUGACCGGGACUAUGACAGGGUUGAAAGAGCAGGACAGGGAAGAUAUAGAGAUAGGGAUAGGGAUAGAAGUCGAUUACCUAAUGUGACCGUGGUUGAUUGCAUUGAGAAAGAUUACACUGUGGUUACCAUGAGAGCAAAAGAUCGACCAAAAUUGUUGUUUGAUAUUAUUUGCACGUUGACAGAUAUGCAGUAUGUAGUUUAUCAUGGUGUAGUCCAAACGGCAAGGACAGAAGCGUAUCAGGAGUUUUAUAUUCGGCAUGUUGAUGGUUUCCCCAUAAGCUCAGAGGCUGAGCGAGACAGACUUGUACAGUGUCUUGAAGCAGCCAUCGAAAGGCGGGCGUCCGAGGGUAUGGAGCUGGAGUUGUGCACAGAAGAUCGUGUCGGACUUCUAUCGGAUAUCACAAGAAUAUUCCGAGAGAACAGUUUAUGUAUUAGAAGAGCAGAAAUAUCUACACAGGAUGGAAAGGCAAAUGACACUUUCUAUGUCACAGAUGUGACUGGAAACCCGGUUGAUCCCAAGAUUAUCGAUUCCAUUCGCAGAGAGAUCGGCGACACAGUCCUGCAGGUCAAACACGACUCGUAUCUCUCACCAAAGUCCCCUCGAACAACAACAAUCGGAUUUCUGUUUGGAAAUUUUUUCAAGGCUCGAUCUCUUCAGAAUUUUAAGCUGAUCAGAUCUUAUUCUUGAGUAGUCUAUUGUAUACUCCCAGCACAUAUACCAUGUUUCACAGUUUAAUAUGGUAGUGUUGUAUAGAUGCAAAAACACAUCUACCUUUGCCCCCCUAAACUAAGGGGCAUGGAAAUUACUGUACAGGAGAAAGCUUAAACAACUUUGUAUAUAUAGUGUAAAUGGUUAUGUACAGUAACAUGUUACUUGGGUUGUGUAUGUUGUAAAUAAUCCUGUUAGAAUUAUCAAGUACAAAAGAGUAAAUAGCAUUUAUCAGUUGGUGUCCUUUGCAAUAGAUUGGAGGAAUCUAUGGCCCAUUGGUGUCUAAUUAUACUGGUUUUAUGACUAUAUAAUUUCAG